AGCGGGAACUCCUCUUCUUGGGCCAAGUCCAGGCGGCGCCCUGGAGCCUCUCCCGGCUUCCGCAUCCAGGAAAGGCUUGCCCGGGUUCCCAGGGCCUCCUUGUCGGGAAGUCUGGAUCCGACCCUCCGGCGCUGGAAGGCUUUGGGGCUGCCUCCCCCCCCCCGAGGACGGCGAAAGGUUCUGGGGGUUCUUUCCAAAGCCAGGCUGUGCCUUGUCUCCCCCCCACACCCAUCCCACCCUACCCCGAGAAGGAGGGGCAGUGGCGUUUAAGGUUAGAUCCGGCGUCGCCCCCUAAACUCCUCCCCCCCGUUCCCCGGAGAGAAGGAAGCGCUUCGUGGCUGGAGGGAGUGCCCGCUGUGACCAUCAGCCGAGGGAUCUAGACAUCAAGAAAUCUUUUCUCUGAGAUCAAUGGAUCACACAGCCCAUCUUUGUGGGGAGAAGCCCCCUUUUUAUACCUGCUCUCCUCUUUCCUUCCAAAAUCUGGAGGAGUCCCGGGCCCGACUCUUGCGUCCCAUUACCCCUUCCGCCCCGUGGCUAGCUGCACUGAAACCGCUCAACACCCAGAGCAGUGUCAUGCCAGAUAACAAGAGGACAUCUUAUUCUUUGAACUCCUUGAAUUGCAGACACCCUGUCUCAGACCUUACACAAGCACAGCAGAAGAAUGUGAUUGAGGCAGACCACGCUGGCUCGGGGUGUGAUGGCCGCAUUUGGAAAGAAUCAACGGAAGACGGCGAGGCUGUGGAGGACCAGAAGAUGCCAGGAGGGGGUGAAGAGCAGAAUCAAACCAAAAUAAUAAUGAGGGCGCAGCCCCUGGCAACUGGCAUCAAGAAACCCCUGCCAUGUCUUGCCUCGUCUGAACCAAAAUUAUUGUGGUUGGAGAACCCUUUUCUAAAGCAACCGUCCAGUGCUUCCCUCUCUCUUCUGAGGCUGGAGGAGUCCAGAGAUCACCUGUUGCGCCCCAUUGCUACUUCUGCGCCCCAUCUGACCUCUUCAAAGCCUUUGGAGGCGCAGUUCCGUGUCUACCUGGAUCUCCAGGAAACACCCCAUCUCCAGAUUUCACCACCAAAUCAUGGAGCCCAGGAUGAUGUGACUCUUGGAUCCAGCAAUGAAGCAGACCAGCAGCAAGGGAAAGGGAAUGAACCAGACACAGCUACCACGAUGCCAGAAUAUCUAUUGGCAAUCCCCGAAGACAGUUUGAAAAUGCAGGCGGAAGAGAGUGACUCCUCGGGAGAUGAGUUGCAGCUGGAGAGUGGAGAUGAAGAUGUGAAAGAACAGAAACUGAUGCUGUUGAGCCUAGCCUGUUGUUCGCUGGUGGAAGGGGCAAAGUUCGGGGACCCUCCCGGAGAGUUGCAGCGGGAGCUGACCCGAGUGUGCACAAAUCUGGCGGAGCACGAACCGGAAUUCGUCCUCAAGGUGGCUCUCUAUACACGCCAAGAACUUAAUAUCCGCAGCACGGCCAAUUUUCUACUGGCACUGUCUUCUCGUCUUCUGCCCUGUCGUCCCCACCUGAGGCGCUAUUUCUGCCACGCCGUGCAGCUCCCCUCCGACUGGAUGGAAGUAGCCCGGAUUUACCAGAGUUUAGCAGGAGGAGGAAAAACUUUAGCCUCGAUGCCUUCCUGCCUCCGUGGUGCGAUGGCCGAUAAGUUCCGGCAGUUUGAUGCGUACCAGCUGGCCAAAUAUAACACCCGGAAGAGUCUGGGGAAGAAGCGUCAUCAGCCAAAGGCCAAGAAGUGGGAAGGUUCUCGUCAGGAGAGCUGGAAGAAAAAACCGUGGGCCCAGGAUAAAAUACUCACGUCACAAUUUGAAGCUCUCGAGAAACGUCUUCAAAAGUGCUUCGAACCGAAAAAGGAGCAGCCCCCAGCCUCCAAGGAUCAAUUCUCCUUGAAAGCACUGAUCCAGCGUCUUCACAUUUCUGAACCAGCCCUGCAUGUGAUGAGUCUUCUGGGGCGCAAGUACCCUUCAGAUUUGCACACUUUCUCCCGAAGUCGCCUCCCUGGGCCUUGGGACUCAAGACUGGCUGGCACCCGCAUGAAACUCCCUAAACCACAGACCUGGGAUCGGGAGCUUAGCAAACGUGGGAACAAUGCUUCUGCCUGGGAAGACCUGAUCGAUUCAGGGCAGCUCCCUUUCAUGGCCAUGCUGCGGAACUUGCGCAACAUUCUGCGGGCCGGAGUGAGCGAGAGACAUCACAAGCGCCUCCUAAAACGCCUGGAGGACAAGAAUUCUGUGAUCCGUAGCAGGCAGCUCCCGUUUCGAUUCCUUGCAGCCUACAAGAUCAUCCUUGGGUUAGAAAAGGCUCUCCAGGAGAACAGUAAACCCUUUCCACAAAUCUAUCAGAUCAUUCAAGGGAUCCUGAAGGAACUUGGUCCACACCCGGACACGGACGAAAUGAGGACCUGGGACCGCAGAAUCAUCUAUCGCUUAAGAAAGAUCCCAGCGAUGUUCCGCUUGGUGAGGAUAAAGAAGAAAAAGCUCCAAAAGGCCAGAGACGUGCGCUGUAGCCGUGACACCCUGAAGCGCUACUGCCAGGCUCUUGAAAUGGCCGUCUCCAUUGCUGUCCGCCACAACCUGCCCCCCAUACCUGGUCGCACCCUCAUCCUGAUUUCAUGCACCCCAGAAAUGAGGGACCCCUACAUGAAAGCCAAGGAGCUAUGCUGUCCUGAUCCUGACAAAAGGGAUGAAGUCGUACGGAACACCCCACCCCUCACGAAAAUGGCCAUGGCCAUGUUGUUAGGCUCCAUGGUCUACUCCGCCUCAGAACAGGCCCAGCUCCUUCUCUGCAACCAAUCCGAAGUCUUGGGACCAGUUGACAUGACCGGCUCUGUGCUGAAGGAUGCACAGGCAUUACAGUCUUUGAGCCUUGAGUUGCAAGAGUGUACAGAACAACACACGGCCAGCGACGUUGUCAUGGACCUCCUCGCCCGGCGCCAGCACGUGGACACGAUUCUCUUGCUGAGCUGUAAACCCGAGGAGAAGCUUCGUGGCUCUUGCCAGUGGAUGUAUCGCCACCAGGUGUCCCCAGGAUGCCUCUUUGUCAACGUCUGCGCUGAUGCAGUGAGUUCACGGACAUUCAGUUCCAGGAGCGAUGUGGUGAUGAGUGGAUUCAGUGAACAUGUGUUGAGAUUCAUAGCCGAAUGCGGUGACUCUUGGUUCCUCGAACACGUUGGGAAGAUGGACGAGAUCCACGGCCUGCCCAAGCGGCGCGGGGUCACGGCAGCGAAGCAGGAAGCGAUGGUUGUGCCCUUGAUACCUGCCCCCAAGAUCAGGUGGCGCUCGGUGAGAAUAUUCAUCUCCUCUACCUUCCGGGACAUGCACGGGGAACGUGACCUGCUAACCCGGUCGGUCUUCCCAGAGCUGCGAGCGCGGGCUGCCCAGUUCUGCCUGGCUGUUGAGGACAUUGAUCUGCGCUGGGGAAUCACGGAGCACGAGAGCCAGAGAAACAAGCAACUGGAACUCUGCUUGUCUGAAGUCUGCCAGAGUCAACUCUUCAUUGGGCUUCUCGGAGAGCGGUACGGCCAUGUUCCCAGCGACUAUUUCUUACCAGAUGAGCCCCAGUAUGAAUGGAUCAAGUCCUACCCAGUGGGCCGUUCGGUCACAGAGCUCGAGGCUGUUCAGUUCCUGAAGGGUUGCAAAAAUCCUACUGCAGAAUCCAGGGCCUUCUUUUACCUCCGAGAGCCAGACUUCCUCGGUUCUGUGCCUGAAGCGUGGAAGGCAGAUUUCGUGGCCGAGUCAGAGGAGGCGGAACGCCGCGUGGCAAACCUGAAAGAGCAUAUUGGAAAGCACGAAGGCCUGGCUUCGUUUGGCAGAUAUAAGUGCCAGUGGGGUGGAGUCGCCCACGGCCGGCCUUAUGUCAAAGGGCUGGAGGAUUUUGGCAUCAGGGUCUUGAAAGACGUCUGGGAAUGCCUCCGGCACCAUUAUAUAGAGAGAGAUGGUGCUUCCCUUCCUGGCGACUCAGAGGAGGAGGAAGGAAGCGCUCUGCAAGAAUCUUUCCAAGAGCUGCAGCAGAGGAGGUGCUGCGCACGGGCAAAGCUGCUCCACGCCACGGUUGCCCAGUUGCGUGGGGGUAGGAUCUACGUGGUGAGCGGAGAGCCUGGACAGGGGAAGACGGUCUUCUUGGCAGCCCUUGCCCAGGAGCUCAGGUCAAAAGCCCCAGCACAAGGCGCCGGCCAGCCUCCCAGCUACCACGUUGUGGCCCACUUCGCCCAGGCCCGGCCUGAUCAGGCUGGAGCCCAGGUUGUCUUGGGCCGUCUGUGUGCCUCGCUGAGGAAACUGCUGGAUCAGCCACCAGCCCCGCCUGGAAGCUACAGAGGGUUGGUCGUCCAGUUUGAAUCCCUCUUGCACUCCGUGACCCAGUCGCUGAAACGCGGCCAGUCCCUAGUGGUUCUGAUCGACGGUACCGAUUUGAUCCACACAGCCAAGGGACAGCUGAUUUCGGAUUGGCUACCUCAGCAGCUGCCCCAGCGAGCGAGUCUCAUCCUCAGCGUCUCAGAAGAAUCAGCCCUGCUCGGGUCCCUCAAGCGAAGGACGGACGUGAUCCACAUUUCUCUUGGGCCUCUGGACCCCCCUGACCGGGUUGCCGUAAUUCGCAAAGACCUGGCCUUGUAUGGCAAAAAGUUGGAGGAGUCUGCUUUUAAUAACCAGAUGCGGCUCGUGCUCCUGAAAAGGGGCUCCCGGCAGCCUUUGUACUUAGCUCUGCUGACCCAGGACCUGCGACUCUUUGCCCUCUAUGAGAAGCUCUCAGAGAGAAUCCAGAAACUACCAGUGUCUCUUCCGCUGUUGCUGCAGCACCUUCUGGGGUGCCUAGAACAAGAUCAUGGGUUGGAGUUGGUGGCUGUGGCUCUCGUAUCCCUCUGGGCCAGCAGAGAUGGACUGACAGAACGAGAUCUCUAUGGGAUCCUUGCAACCUGGAAGGAACUGAAUCGGGCCGGCGUCACCUUCGAAGAAGCCAUGGUGGCUGGAAGACAUGCCGGAAGCUAUCCCGUGGCCCCCUUCGUUGAUUUUCUGCGCAGCCUAAGAGGGCUGCUCGGGGCAUGCGGUUCCCUCUCUGAGCCUCCAGGCUCUCGGCUCCAUCUCUGUGGAACACCCUUAAGGGCGGCCGUAGAACGACGCUACCUGAAGAAGCCAGGCCUGGACCACGUGGCUCAUGUGCUCUUGGCAGCUCACUGGUGGAAACUGGCAGACCCGGAUGGCUCCGGAACUUUCCGGAACAGCGAGGCGGAGUCCUUGAGGGCACUCCCCUAUCACCUGGUCCAAAGUGGCCAGCUCAAUAUCCUGGCUUCUUUCUUGACCAGUCUGAAUGUCAUGAGGGCUCAUCUCUCCCUGGGCCUCCUCUGCUGCCUCUUGGAAGCCUAUGCACUCUACGAGACUGCAGCCGGAACGGAGAAAGACGAGACCGUUGACUUCUUCCGUGCCUUCCUGCAGCGAAACCUGGUCCUCCUUUCCCAGAAUCCCCUGCUGCUCCUGCAGCAGGCAGUGAACGAGCCCGAUUCCUCCGAACUCUGUUCACAAGCCUGGGCCGCUCUCGGUGGGAACCGGAGACCUUUUCUGAGAUGGGCUAACAAGCGUCAAAAAGCCCAGAAAACCAACAGCCUUGUUCUUACCCUGCCUGCCACCCCGUCCUGUGUCUCGGUCGCCCCGUCGGGCAAGCUGGCUGUUGUGGGCACCACAGAAGGAACACUGCACCUGGUGGAUGUGGAGACUGGGCAGGAAGUGAAGGCUUUGCUGAGCACCUGCGAUGGGAUCUCGGCCGCUGAGUUUUUGUCGGAAACGAGGGUCUGCCUUGGGGCCUUCAACGGACGGUUUGAGGUUUGGAGCCUGACAGAAGGGUGCAGGUUGGUGGGCAUCGAUGCUCACAUGGGGCAAAUCACGGAAUGUUGCAUCAGCCUAGAUCACAGAGUACUGGCUACUGUGUCUUUGGAUGGCUAUCUCAAGCUCUGGGACUCUACUCGUGGUGAGCUGAUGCGUAAAUGGGACAGUUUGCGUCCUUUGAACUGUGUGACCUUUUACCCCGACAGUCAGCUGGUGGCUGUAGGAGGAUGGGACAGGACAGUCACCAUCUUGGAUGCCAAUGAAAUGAGCGUGAUCUCGAUGCUGAAAGGUCAUGACGCCUCUGUCCGUUCCAUUGCGUUUUCCUCGGCUGGGAACAUUUUAAUAGCCGGAUCCUUGGUAGGCUCCAUCAAUCUAUGGUCAUGGCGUGAGGCGGUUGUCUUGGGUGCUUUCUCGGCUCACUCUGGCUGCGUCUCUGCCGUUCGCUUCCUCCCAGGAGGGAAGCUUCUCACUGUGGGAGAAGACUGCAAGGUCCAACUUUGGGAAGGCCGACUGGGACAAUACUGCGGGACUUUAGGAUCAGCCACUCUUUCUCCGGCUCUGUGCGUCGUGCUAAGUCCGGAUGGCCGCCGGCUGGCAGUGGGGCACCAUUCGGAUGACGUCUGGGUUUACAGCCACCCUUGGGGCACCAACGCUGGCUCAACUCACUGCCGAGCUAGCGGGGUGGCUGUCUGCAGUCUGGCCUGGCUGGAGGACCGCUUCCUGAUCGGGGGCCGCAGUGAUGGGUCCCUUUGCCUCUGGAACACCUCAGACCUUCAUCCCUCUUGCCUUCAUAAACUGCAAGGCCACGAGAAAGCGGUGACGGGCCUGGCUGUCUCUGGGAAGCUGGUGGCGUCGACCUCAGAGGACUUCACAGUCCGGCUCUGGCUUUUCAGACCCCUCACGCCAGACCCCGUUUCGCCGCUGGCCGUCCUCCGGGGUCACACGGGUGGCGUGACCUGCUGUGCCUUCAGCCCCGACGGCGGUUGCCUCGCCACUGGAGGAAAAGACCGGGCUUUGUUUCUCUGGGACAUAAAAGAUCCAGGCCAGAAGGUGCCUGCCCUCUGGAAGUCCCUGCUCUUCUGCCACCAGGACUGGAUCUCCAGCUGCUCCUGGGCUGGCCCUACAUUGCUCUCUGCAUCCAAUGAUGGCACUGUUCGCCUCUGGGACCCCAAAACCGGCCAGCACUUGCGAGAAUUCCUGGGUCAUCAGAGCCCCGUCUGUGGCGUCACCAGUGAGAGAGAUCAUGUGAUCUCUGUGGGUCGAGAUGGGACGCUGGUCUCAUGGGACCUGCAGGGAGUGGAAAAAACCCGGUUCUUUGCUCACCCCGGUGGGGCCAACCACUGUGCCAGCUUCAUAGAGCCAGGGGAGAAAGAUUUCACGUUGGCUGCGGCUGGAUGGGAUGGCACCGUGAAACUCUGGAAGCCACUGACGAUGGAGCAACCCCAGCGACUUCCCGGGCACUGCGCGGCCGUCCGUGGGGCUGCAGCCUCCCCGGCAUCUUUUCUGACCAUAUCAGAAGACAAAACGGUCCGAGUGUGGGCUCUUCCCAAAGAGGGAGAUGAGAUGAAAGACCUUCCCCCUCACAGCGGCGCGGUCACAGCUUUGGCUUGGUCCCCCGACGGAGAAUUUGCCGUGUCUGGCAGUGACCAGGGCGACCUGGUUGUCUGGCAUCAAGCUCGGGACGUGGGAACAGCGAAGGUUGGCCGGUGUUGCAUCCGCGCUUUGGCCUUCACGUCGUCACGCACGGUUCUGGUGGCGUCCGACGACAUCAGCCUUUGGGACAUCAAGACCAGCCGGCAGCGUGAUGGGGGAGUCAGCUUGACACUCAGGAAACUGCUGCGCAGCGCAGAAGAGGCCUCGGUGCUCUGCCUGGGGAAGCCCAGUCCUCGGGGCCCCCUAGUCCUCGCACUGGCUGAUGGAGACCUUCUGGUGCUCCCACCAAAGUCCGAGGACUUACAGACGAGCCCGUACAGCGGUGGAGCAUGGGACAAGAAGGUCCAUGUGGGCUUUGAGAUCAGCGCCCCGGAAGAUGAGGAAGAGGGUGGCGUCCUUCACAUUUGGGACUCCAUGAACAGACCUAACUUGUUCAGGAUGGAAGUGACUGAAUCUGGGGCACUAAAGGAUACCCGGGACCCCGAGCACAUACCUUGGGCACCGACCCGGCUCUCUGGAUGGGUCACCGUUGCUCGGCUAGUUAAAGAUAAAUCUUUGUUCUGCGCUGACUCUGAGGGUUGCCUUUGGACUCAAACCCAGCAGAAUGAGGAAGGGGUGCCUCCGUGGAUACCUGAUGGCUGGCAGAGGAGAAAGCUCCACAGUGAGAAAAUCACCGCUCUGCAUAUCCUUGGAGACAAGAUGAUAACAGCUUCCCAUGAUCAGGAUGUGAAGAUCUGGGAACGCAGCUCAACGAAGCUGCUGGGCCAGUUCCGUUGCCAUGCUCCGGUUUCACAACUCCUGCCUUGCCCCAGGACCGAAUCUCCGCUUCUCCUGAUUGCUGGCGACAUACUAGGCAAUGUUUACUUUCUAGAGUGGAGCUGACUCUGCCAUUGAGGACCCAUCUGUUCCAUCCAUCAUCUCUCCCCCCCCCCCCC